AUGGUUGCUCCGCUCGUUGGUGAGACGGCCAUUUCGGCUAAGCGUGCUGAGCUCGCUGGUAAAACUGGUAUUCUGGGAUUGCUGAGCAAUAAGAAGACCUCAUUGAUUGGAUUGUUUGCGUCGCUUGGCGGUCUUGUUUAUGGAUACAACCAGGGAAUGUUCGCGCAGGUCUUGACCAUGAAGUCAUUCCAGGACGCCACAAACGGAUAUGCCGCUACGACAAGUAUUCAGCAGGGUAUGUUGACAUCGAUUCUGGAACUUGGUGCUUGGGUCGGAACCCUCAUCAACGGAUACCUCGCCGAUAAGCUUGGUCGUCGCUUGACGGUUCUGGUUGCUGUCAUUGUCUUCUGUAUUGGUGUUAUUGUCCAAGCUUGCACAACGAACAAGGAUUAUGUCUUUGGCGGUCGAUUCGUGACCGGUAUGGGUGUUGGUAGUUUGAGUAUGGUUGUGCCACUGUACAAUGCUGAACUCGCACCUCCUGAGAUUCGUGGAUCCCUUGUCGCUGUCCAACAAUUGGCUAUCACAUUCGGUAUCAUGGUUUCCUUCUGGAUCGGCUAUGGAACCAACUACAUCGGUGGCACCGGAGAUAGCCAGUCAAAGGCUGCAUGGCUCGUCCCCAUUUGCAUUCAGAUUCUCCCCGCCGUCGUCCUCGCUAUUGGUAUGAUGAUGUUCAUGCCCCAAUCACCCCGUCACCUUAUGAACACCGGUCGCGAAGAAGAGUGCUUGCAGACUCUGGCCCGUCUCCGCGGUACCAGCACAGAUGAUCUUCUGGUCCGAAUUGAGUUCCUCGAGAUUAAGAGUUUGCACAUAUUUGAGGUUGAGACAUCUGCCGAGAAGUAUCCUCAUCUGCAGGAUGGGUCUUUCAGCAGCAACUUCAAGAUGGGAUUGAAUGAUUACUGGUCGCUUGUUAGCAAUAAGUCUAUGUUUAAGCGGACAGCAACCGCUUGUAUGAUCAUGGUCUUCCAACAAUGGAAUGGAAUCAAUGCUAUCAACUACUAUGCUCCUUUCAUCUUCGCGGAUAUGAAGUUGCCCGGAAAUACUACAACUCUUCUUGCCACCGGUGUCGUCGGUAUUGUCGAGUUCCUGUUCACCAUCCCCGCCGUGUUGUGGGUUGAUCAAAUUGGUCGCAAGAAGAUUUUGAUCGCUGGUGCCAUCGGAAUGGCAUCAUGUCACUUCAUCGUCGCCGGUAUCAUUGGCUCAUACCAACAUUCGUUCGAGACGAACCGUGCCGCUGGCUGGGCUGCCAUUGUCUUCGUUUGGAUCUUCGUCAUCAACUUUGCCUAUUCUUGGGGUCCUGUCGCGUGGAUUGUCACAUCCGAGGUUUUCCCACUCAGCAUGCGUGCCAAGGGUGUCAGUAUUGGUGGUAGCAGUAACUGGUUGAACAACUUCGCCGUCGGAACAGCUACUUCUCCAUUCGUAGAGGCUUCUACUCUCGGCACCUUCAUUUUCUUCGGUGUCGUCACUACAAUCGGUAUCUUCUAUGUAUACUUCUUUGUCCCCGAGACUAUGGGCCGUACCCUGGAGGAAAUGGACGAAAUCUUUGGUACAACCGGUGUCGCAGCCGCAGAUGCCGAACGUAAGGCUCGCAUUGAGAGCGAAAUUGGUCUUCUCGCCCUUGUCGGCGUUGAGAACCCUGUUCUCGAGAAAGAAAAGGAAGUUGACGCGUUACAUUCCGAAAAGGCUAUUGAAACUGCAACUGAAGCACCUUUCGAGUCUCAUGACUCCCACGCCGAUACUCGCACAGAGACCUACGUGACUGGGGGUACUCAGUAG